GCAGCAGACAGGCUGUGCAGUUGACAGAACUAAGACACAUCGCCCAAAUAGGACGAAACAAACACUUCAAAUACAACUACGCCCUUUUUGAAGACCGUAAAGGUUUCAUCACUUAAAGAAGAUGGCGCAGUGGUGCCAGCUGCAGAUGCUGGACUGCAAGUAUCUGGAGCAGGUGGACCAGCUGUACGACGACUCCUUCCCCAUGGACAUCCGGCAGUAUCUGAGCAAGUGGAUCGAGAGCAUCGACUGGGACACGGUGGCGAUGCAGGACUCGUUGGCCACGGUUCGUUUCCACGACCUCCUGGCCCAGCUGGACGACCAGCACAGCCGCUUCGCUCUGGAGAACAACUUCCUCCUGCAGCACAACAUCCGCAAGAUCAAAAGGAACCUCCAGGACCGGUUCCAGGAGGACCCCGUCCACAUGGCUAUGAUCAUCUCCAGAAACCUGAAGGAGGAGCAGAAGAUCCUGGCCACCGCCAAGAGCACUGAGCGGGAGGGCGACGGGACGGUGUCGGCCAUGGUGGUGGAGAAGCAGAAGCUGGACAACAAAGUCAAAGAGAUGAAAGACAGAGUUCAGGUGGUGGACCAGAACAUCAAGAACGUGGAGGACCUGCAGGACGACUACAACUUCAAGAUGAACACUCUGAAGAACAGAGAGAACGAGAUGAACGGCAUGACGGCGAAGGAGCUGGAGAAAGAGAGGAUGACCAUCGAGAGGAUGUGCUUCGAGCUGAAAGCCAAACGUCAGGACGUGGUGGUCCAGCUGAACGAACUCCUCACCGUCACUCACGCAUUGCUGUCAGACCUGAUCUCCGAAGAGCUGCCGGAGUGGAAGCAGCGGCAGCAGAUCGCCUGCAUCGGCGGGCCGCCCAACGCCUGCGUGGACCAGCUGCAGAACUGGUUCACGGCGGUGGCGGAGAGUCUCCAGCAGGUCCGCCAGCACCUGAAGAAGCUGCAGGAGUUGGAGCAGAAGUUCACGUAUGAAAGUGACCCCAUCACCUCCAAGAAGGCUUACCUGGAGGCCCGAGCUCUGGAGCUGCUCAAGAACCUUCUCUCCAGCUCUUUGGUGGUAGAGAGGCAGCCCUGCAUGCCCACCCACCCACAGAGGCCGCUGGUGUUGAAAACAGGCGUCCAGUUCACGGUGAAGCUCCGGUUUCUGGUGAAGCUGCAGGAGUUCAACUACCAACUCAAAGUCAAGGCCUUGUUCGAUAAGGAUGUCACGGAGAAGAAAGGGUUUCGGAAGUUCAACAUUUUGGGAACAAACACCAAAGUCAUGAACAUGGAGGAGUCUAACGGCAGCCUGGCGGCGGAGUUCAGACAUCUGCAACUGAAAGAGCAGAAAGUCGCCGGCAACAGAAACAACGAGGGUCCUCUGAUCGUCACCGAGGAGCUUCACUCGCUCAGCUUCGAGUCGGAGCUGCAGCUCAACCAGUCCGAGCUCGACAUCAAACUGGAGGCCAUGUCGCUGCCGGUGGUGGUCAUCUCCAACGUCUGCCAGCUGCCCAGCGGCUGGGCCUCCAUCCUCUGGUACAACAUGCUCACCACGGAGCCCAAAAACCUCAAGUUCUUCCUCUCCCCUCCUCCGGCGAAGUGGUCGCAGCUGUCCGAGGUUCUCAGCUGGCAGUUUUCCUCCAUCACCAAGCGAGGCCUGAACACGGAGCAGCUCAACAUGCUAGCGGACAAACUGCUCGGAAUGAAAGCCCAGAGGAACCCAGAGGGCCUGAUCCCCUGGACCAAGUUCUGCAAGCAGCAGAGCUCCAACGAGAAGACCUUCCCCUUCUGGCUCUGGAUGGAAGGAAUCCUGGACCUGAUCAAGAGACACCUGCUGUCCCUGUGGAAUGACGGCUCCAUCAUGGGCUUCACCAGCAAGGAGCGGGAGAAGGGAAUGCUCAGCGACAAAUGUCCGGGAACCUUCCUGCUCAGGUUCAGCGAGAGCAGCCGGGAGGGCGCCAUCACCUUCACCUGGAUCGAACACAACGUGCACGACAAGCCGGUCUUCCACUCGGUGGAGCCGUACACCAAGAAGGAACUGACCGCCGUGUCCCUGCCCGACAUCAUCCGCACCUACAAGGUGAUGGCGGCUGAAAACAUCCCGGAGAACCCGCUGCGCUUCCUUUACCCCAACAUCCCCAAGGACAAAGCGUUCGGGAAGUACUACCCUAAACCUCCGGAGACUCCGGAGCCCAUGGAUGUUGACAAGAUGGAGAAGAGCGGCUACAUGAAGACGGAGCUCAUAUCUGUGUCAGAAGUACAUCCGUCCAGACUGCACGACAACAUGAUGCCCAUGUCUCCUGACGACUACAAGGCCCUGGAGCAGUACGUGGGCCCCCGAGACAUCGAUGCCGUGACCAGUAAUCUGAUGGACUUCGGAGAGUUUGACCAUCAGAUGAGCGGAGAGUUUCCAGAUGAGGACUGACGGCCCUGCCCCCUCUCCAGAUGCCCCGCCCCCUCUGGACCCUGGAUCCAGACCUGCAGGUCCUCUACUCUGCAGGUCCCGGACCCUUGGUCCCUCCUGGUCCUCAGGUGUACAGUUUCCGAGGAGACCCCCGUCCAGGACUCUGGUCCUGCAGACUUUGAUGUUUCCUCUUUGCACAUGAUUUCUUUGGUUAAAUGUGAAAUCUAAACUCUGUAAACGUGUAAAAUCAGCUCCGGCACCAAACUGUUUGCGUCUGGUGAAGGUGUUUUGAGCAGCAACAAGUGUAUGUAAGAAUGAUUGAAAUGUUUCUGAGGGAGUAAAAUAUGUUUUUUUGAAACCUUUGGUGGCGCCGUGACUGGGUCCCGGACCCGGGAGGUUUCAGCAGAACCUCGAGGUCCAGGGGCCUUAAGAGUGCCAGGAUUUCAACGUGAAACCGUGUGUAGAAUUUACAUGAACGCAAAGAUUCAGAUGAACAGAACUGUGCGUUCGUCCAAAUCCACGCAGGUUUCUCGUCCAAAUCCACGCAGGUUUCUCUGUACAAACCAAUCAGCGUGGAUUUGAGCGCACAUGCAGGAGCACAACACUCCGCCCUGUCUCGUCCCUCAAAUAUAUGUAUGAAUAUGAUAAUGAAGAUAAUUAUCCAUUAAAAACCGCUCAUCCUAACAAGAAAUGUGCAAAAACAGGUAAAACAAAUUUAAAAAAAACAUCGGCUGUGAGCUGGAAUAAAUAAUUUACUUGGGGGCAUUUCUUCCGAUUUCAGCUGCAUUGCAUUAUGGGUAAUGCAGUUCUUUGCUUUGCGUUCCGUGAAGAGUUGUUUUAGUAUGAUCGUACGGGUUUGUGAAUGUUUAUGGGCAGCGUCAGUUUACACUCUACUUUUCUUGUUUGUAUUUCAAGAACCGACACCAGAACUUAAGUUUGUGGAUGAAAAACGGCUUCUCGUUCCGCUUUAUUGCGUAUUAUAUACUGACGGAUUAAGACCAAUGUACACUUUAUUGAGUUUUACACAUUGUGGAUGUCUGCGAUCACCUCUCUCAUAAGUAUAACGUGUACGUGUACCAACGUAUAAUGUGAAUAAUAUACAUUUAUAUUUAAAACAUGAAGCAUCACGAUCUGAUUCCUCUGCUGCAGAAAUAAAGACAACUUGUGCCGACGGGAUUAUCGAGGUGCAAACGUGAGAAAU